GAACAGGCAAGCGUCAAAUAAUUUAGUGAUGCAACGCUAUACAUCCAAACCAUCCCGUUAUUACUCUCCUUAAAAUAGUCUCCGUUGCCUUUGAGAUGCUAGCAGAAAGGGGAGGGCCGGUGUGGUAGAGGGAGUCCUCCCUGCAGACAGAGGCAUCCCGGCGUCCGCUGCAACAGCUGGCCAGCAGAUGAUGUGGGACUCUGUCCCUGGUGCACAGUACGGGGCCUGCUGCCGGCGCUCCCUGCAGCAGCCUGGGGCUCGAUUAGCCCGCCCAUGCCUGUGAUCCCCAUCCCCCGGCGGGUGCGCUCCUUCCACGGCCCCCACAGCACCUGCAUGCACUCCGCCUGCGGGCCGGCGCGCACCGCCCAGCUGGUGCGCACCAAGUACAACAACUUCGACCUGUACCUGAAGUCGCGCUGGAUGUACGGCUUCAUCCGCUUCCUCCUCUACUUCGGCUGCAGCCUGUUCACCUCCCUCCUGUGGGUGGCGCUGUCUGCCCUCUUCUGCCUGCAGUACGUGGGCGUGCGUGUCUUCCUGCGCCUCCAGUACAAGCUGUCCGUCAUCCUCCUGCUGCUGGGCCACCGGCGCCUGGACUUCAGCCCCCUCAACGAGCUCUUCAUCUACAGCAUCCACGUCACCAUGUUCCUGGUCGGCGGGCUGGGCUGGUGCUUCAUGGUGUUCGUGGACAUGUAGCUCUGGGGCGAAAACCGGGAACAGGCGACGUCAUCCGGGUGACCCACGUGGUGCCAUAUCAGUUCCUCGUGUUGGAACCGUGCAUGCCUGUUCGGGUCUGGGGGUGACGCAAAGGCAGACUUUUUUUUGGGGUCAAGGGUCAGGUGUCAGAGGGUGGCCUGUAUUUGGGUCUCUGUAGUUUCAUUGAGGAUUGGAAAAAUCUAUAUCUUUGAUUGUGGGGGACCAAACUGUGAGAGUGUGAAUAUUGAGGUAAAUAUUGUUGGCGUUUAGUGCGUUUAACAUUACUACUCAGAUACAAGCUGACAGGUUUGAAGUCAUUGAUAUAUGCUGGUAGUGUAUACUCACAGGGCACAGAAGACGAACAGCCCAGAAUGUAUAAUGGGUGAUUGCUUUUGUAGUGAUGUUUUGUUGGCGGUAUCCCCAUGGUAUGUUUAAACUGUGUCCUCUAAUUCUGAGGUCUGGUUGGUUGUAAGUGAUCCUCAGGUGCACUCUCCCAGAGUCCUUUGCAUUUCUGGGUCUGUGUUCACCUCCUUCCGUGCAAAGACUUGGUAAUGCCAGUCUUGCGGUGCUGCCAGCCAAAAAAAACCAAGACGUCCAGCGCCCCCCCAUUGCAUUACAGUACAGCAUUGGGCAAGACUGGCUUGACCCUGUAGAGAGAGUAACAGACUCACAUUGUUCUGGGAUCAAGACAUAAUAAGUCUCAUAGCAGGCCAUUCAAAUCGGAUAGACUGCCCUGUUGUGUGGAAAACGAAAUGACUCCAGAGGCUUUGGAUCCAUUUAGAAAUGACCGGUUCAUACUGUACAUGAUCGUUGCCAAUUAAUACCAUUAUACAAUAUCCGAAACAGGUUUUCAAGCUUCUCUGAAAUAUGGAAUAUCUUUGUGGUAGAGUACUGAGUAGACAUAAUAUCAUGUGAUUGUGACUGGUGUAAGUGUAAUACUUUUGAAAAUCUUCUGAGAGAGAGUAAUGUAGGUAUUUAUAAAUAAACUGACAAGGCCAAUUUUUUACCA